CGCAGCGCCGCAGCGUCCGGCCGGAAUCCCCCUGCGUGCGCGGCCCCCGGCGCCGUACGUCCCACAGGCCCCACCCCGGCGCCGUCCGUCCCGCGGGCCCCGCCUUUGGCGCUGGGCUCUGACGUCACCACCUGCGCCGCGCACAGUAGAAACAGGAAGUGGGACCAAAACAAAGGAGCGGCGGCCGGGAGCGGAGUUACCUCACCUUCUGUCUCUUCCGCGCACGUCUCAGCCGGGCCGCCGACCCCAAGGAGCCGUCCGACUAUGUCCAACAUGGAGAAACACCUGUUCAACCUGAAGUUCGCGGCCAAAGAACUGAGCAGGAGUGCCAAAAAAUGCGAUAAGGAGGAAAAGGCCGAAAAGGCCAAAAUCAAAAAGGCCAUUCAGAAGGGCAACAUGGAAGUUGCGAGGAUCCACGCCGAAAAUGCCAUCCGCCAGAAGAACCAGGCGGUGAAUUUCUUGAGAAUGAGUGCGCGAGUCGAUGCGGUGGCUGCCAGGGUCCAGACGGCGGUGACGAUGGGCAAGGUGACCAAGUCGAUGGCUGGUGUGGUGAAGUCAAUGGAUGCGACACUGAAGACCAUGAAUCUGGAGAAGAUUUCUGCCUUGAUGGACAAAUUCGAGCACCAGUUUGAAACUCUGGACGUCCAGACGCAGCAAAUGGAGGACACGAUGAGCAGCACGACGACGCUCACCACUCCCCAGAACCAAGUGGAUAUGCUGCUCCAGGAAAUGGCAGACGAGGCGGGCCUCGACCUCAACAUGGAGCUGCCGCAGGGGCAGACCGGCUCCGUGGGCACGAGCGUGGCUUCGGCGGAGCAGGAUGAACUGUCUCAGAGACUGGCCCGCCUUCGGGAUCAAGUGUGACGGCAGAACCCGCUCUGAGGUCUCCUGGCCAUAGCCACCCUUCGAAAUGCUCUCUGUGUGUCAGAGAGAUACUAUACCCUAGAAACUCUGAACACGCCAGAAUGCUGAAAUGCUCUUCUACCUUUGGGUUUACAGUCGUCCCCUCCAGAUAAAUUAAGAAAUUCAGUAUUUCUCCACUCUUAGCUGGAUUCUAAAGUUCUGUAUAGCUCGUAAUGAUGGUAUUUUUAUAGCAGCCUUUUAACAGAACUAGUUAAUUUGGUGUAUAUGAAUCUUUCUCGAAGAUCUGGUCAAAACUGUAUUCAGUUUUCUGACUAGAAUGAUCAGAUUGAAGGUGGUUGGUUUUUAUUAUCGAUAUUAUUUAGUGUGAUUGGUAAUAUCUAGAAUGGCAGGCGGUGCAUACAAGUUAAAGAGGGGGGAAAGAUAAACACCAUUCAGUGUAUUCGGUAGACUGUGCUAUUUCUGUUUAUCCUUUGGGUUUUCUUUUUUGUUUUUGCCUUCACAGUGAGACUGCAAUUGAUCUCAUAACGUCUGUUAUUAAUAAAUCUCGUCCCAUAAUUUAUACUGAAAUUACCUUAGGAUAUUUUUGCAUAAUGCUCUCUUACUGCUUACAUUCUAUACAUUUUUCAUGUGAUAAUUGUCUUUGCGUAACUGGGAAAAAUGCCGUAUGACUUCCUUUAUUAUCUGGAAAAAUUAAAUUUGUUCGUUUAUAUUUUCUACUUACUAAAUUGAGUUUUUAAAAAGACUUAGAAAGUGUGACAUUAUACAGUGUCUUUCAAACGAACAAGUUUAUAGUUAUUUUCCUGUUUCGACACUAUUAGACGUCUUAUAAAUCAUGCUAAUUAGCACGGUAGUCUUGUUACACACUCUUAACAUUGCCAAAGAACUGUUGAUUGUUUGAGAAAACCCUGGGACUGUGUGUGUGUAGGUUUUGUUUUGAUUUUAACAACCAAAAAUAGAAAUAAAAUUAGAACUGCAUUUUAAGUUCUAAUUUGCAUUUAUUAAUUUGUCCAAAAGCAACAACUCUUUGAAAACCUUGAAAAUAUAAGCUGGGAUGUUUUACUUAGCCAUGCAAGUCAUUUAUGUAUACAUCCAGCCAGCUGGAAGUCUGAGAAUUAAAGAGGUAGGACUGGAAGGAAGGAGAAUGCUGGACUCUUUAAGGCUGGAGCCCAGCUGUGCUGCCUGCCGUCUUCUCAGGAAUGGCAGUGCGUAUUUUCUGGCUGAAAAGUAAAGCAUGUAGCCAGCCACCGCUUUCUCAUAGCCUGGAAACAUGGAGAAAAGCAACUUACUUUUGCCUUGGCAAGUAUUCUAACCUAAGUUAAUUCAAGUUUUUUUUAACUUACCCUUUCCUUCACUGGAAGAUUUUUCCAUAAGAGAAUUCCAUUGUUUCAGAAAAUAAUUAUAGGGGCCCUUCCAAGUUCUUUGAAAGAUUCGUAACCAACUGUUCACUAUUAUAACAUGUGUUCCAGUGUAAAUGAGUAAGGAAAAAAACCAGGUGUGACAGGUGUGUGUAGAUGAGGAGUGGCCCUCAUAUUUAUUGUAUAUUUGGAUGUUGUUCUGAAGUGUGCUUUGAGGGACACUUGUUGGUUGCCUGCCCAGCAUCUUCUCUGAGAACGCCCCUCUUAGAAGGUCGUGUCUCCUGCCCUCCACAGGCUUGUGCAGGGCCGUGUGUGAGGACGGCAUGAGUCUUAACCCGUCUUUUAUUUUAUUUAUUUUAUUUUCGAGAUGGAGUCUCGCUCUGUUGCCCAGGCUGGAGUGCCGUGGCGCGAUCUCGGCUCACUGCAGCCUCCGCCUCCUGGGUUCAAGCGAUUCUCCUGCCUCAGCCUCCCGAGUAGCUGGGAUUACAGGUGCACACCGCUAUGCCUGGCUAAUUUUUUUGUAUUUUUAGCAGAGACAGAGUUUCACUGUGUUGGCCAGGCUGGUCUUGAACUCCUGACCUCAGGUGAUCCUCCCGCCUCAGCCUCCUAAAGUGCUGGGAUUACAGGCGUGAGCCACUGCACCUGGCCUUAACCCCUCUUUAGAUUGGAAAAAAUAAUCAGAACUUUUAAAAUAGCUUAGUGUUGAACCCUUUGGUAAACUGAAGACCCUUUUAUAAUGCAAAUAUUCCCACCAAAAUUAAUAUAUUUUGUGAGAUUAAACAAUGCUUGUAUAUGCUUGAACUUUCUUAAAAUAUGUUCAUGUCAUACUAUUAUGAAUGUACAUUUUUAUGAGUCAUAAAUAUUAUUUUCAAAAGCACUACAGGCCCAUGAAUUAUUUCCUAACUUUUGCAGUUGAUUAAAUACUGAAAUGUAAAUCACAGGAAUUUGUCAAAUCAUUUUAAACUGCA